CUGGGCCUCUAGCCUCUCAGGGCUCUCGGCAGAAAGCCGGCAGCCACUAGGCAUCUGGGCUGAGUAGUGGGGUGGUUCUGUGGCGGGCUCUUCUGGACAGUCAGCCAAGCAGUAAGAGGCCCAGCUGGGGGAGCAGCAGGCCUGGGAGCCGGACCAGGAGGACGGAGGGAGGGAGCAAGUGUGGGUGGGGCCUGGGGUGGGAUCGAGGCCUGUCCCCCUGAGGCAGGACCUGCUGCCAACUCGGCAGGCACCCACAGCAGGGCCCGGGUGCUGUGGGUGAGCUGAGCAGGACUGCAGGGCCGGGCCAGCCGAGGAGCCUCCGUGGCAGAGGUCCCUGUCGAAGUUCCUCCAGCCCAGCCACCCUGGCAGAAAAGCUCAUCCACAGACGUUGUUUCUAAGGCCUCUACUCCAUCCACAGCGCCUCCUGCAUGUCCUGCUGCCCUGAGCUGUCCCAAGCUAGGUGACAGUGUGUCACGCUGCCACCAUGAACGAGGUGUCUGUCAUCAAAGAAGGCUGGCUGCACAAGCGUGGUGAAUACAUCAAGACUUGGAGGCCCAGGUACUUCCUGCUGAAGAGCGAUGGAUCCUUCAUUGGGUAUAAGGAGAGACCCGAGGCUCCCGACCAGACCCUUCCUCCCUUAAACAACUUCUCCGUUGCAGAAUGCCAGCUGAUGAAGACUGAGAGGCCACGGCCCAACACCUUCGUCAUCCGCUGCCUGCAGUGGACCACGGUCAUUGAGAGGACCUUCCAUGUGGACUCCCCUGAUGAGAGGGAGGAGUGGAUGCAGGCCAUCCAGAUGGUCGCCAACAGCCUCAAGCAGCGGGGCCCAGGUGAGGACUCGAUGGACUACAAAUGUGGCUCCCCCAGCGACUCAUCCACGCCAGAGGAGAUGGAUGUGGCAGUCAGCCGAGCCCGGGCCAAGGUGACCAUGAAUGACUUCGAUUAUCUCAAGCUCCUGGGCAAGGGCACCUUUGGUAAAGUCAUCCUGGUGCGGGAGAAGGCCACGGGCCGCUACUAUGCCAUGAAGAUCUUGCGGAAGGAGGUCAUCAUUGCCAAGGAUGAAGUCGCCCACACAGUCACGGAGAGCCGGGUCCUCCAGAACACUAGGCACCCCUUCCUCACCGCACUCAAGUACGCCUUCCAGACCCACGACCGCCUGUGCUUCGUGAUGGAAUAUGCCAACGGAGGGGAGCUGUUCUUCCACCUGUCCCGGGAGCGUGUGUUCACGGAGGACCGCGCGCGCUUCUAUGGCGCAGAGAUCGUCUCAGCCCUGGAGUACCUGCACUCUCGGGAUGUGGUAUACCGAGACAUCAAGCUGGAGAACCUCAUGCUGGACAAAGAUGGCCACAUCAAGAUCACUGACUUCGGCCUAUGCAAAGAGGGCAUCAGUGAUGGUGCCACCAUGAAAACCUUCUGCGGGACCCCGGAGUACCUGGCGCCCGAGGUGCUGGAGGACAACGACUACGGCCGGGCGGUAGACUGGUGGGGGCUGGGCGUGGUCAUGUACGAGAUGAUGUGCGGCCGCCUGCCCUUCUACAACCAGGACCACGAGCGCCUCUUCGAGCUCAUCCUCAUGGAGGAGAUCCGCUUCCCACGCACGCUCGGCCCCGAGGCCAAGUCCUUGCUUGCCGGGCUGCUCAAGAAGGACCCCAAGCAGAGGCUUGGUGGGGGGCCCAGCGAUGCCAAGGAGGUCAUGGAGCACAGGUUCUUCCUCACCAUCAACUGGCAGGAUGUGGUACAAAAGAAGCUCCUGCCACCCUUCAAACCUCAGGUCACCUCCGAGGUGGACACCAGGUACUUCGAUGACGAGUUCACCGCGCAGUCCAUCACCAUCACACCGCCGGACCGCUAUGACAGCCUGGGCUCACUGGAGCUGGACCAGCGGACGCACUUCCCCCAGUUCUCCUACUCAGCCAGCAUCCGUGAGUGAGCGCCCGCACCUACACCUGCACGCGGGACACGCGGACACGUGCACGCCGCCUCCCUGUGGCCACCUCUGGAGACGCGCACGCCACUGCCCGCCACCUGAGUGGCUUUUUAAAACAAACUUUAUAUUUUGCCUUUCUGGUUUGUAUCCCCAUCCUUCGCCCCCUCCCCUUCCACUUCCAGCUCCUCCUCAGUCUUCACCCAAACUCAGCAGUCUCCCCUUCGGGCCUGUCCCUCUCCUGCCCCACCCCCGGGUGGGCUGUGGGGGCAGUCAGGGCUCUCAGCACCGGCCCAGCGCCAGCAGAGCGGACACCACGCAGGCAGCUGCCUGUACUGCUCUUCAAUAUGGAGGCCGCUUCUGGAGAUCUGGUCACUCCAAGUAGACAGCCGCCUUCACGUCCUGUCCCCUGGCCUGGCAAGAGCAGUCUGCCCCAUUGCGGGGAGAAAAGCAAUAAUGGCCGGGGACAUUAAAGUGAGAGCUGGGGUGAGGGAGCCAAGGCUUCCUCACCACCAUCCAUCGGAGCAAGGUCAUGCCUCUUCCUAGGCUGCUCUCCUGACCCUGUGGGUGAGGCCGGAGGCCGGCCAGCCCAGCCUCAAGCCCCGUGCCUUACCUGGGCUUUCCUCCAGCUGCCCUUACAUCCCGCUGGACUCCUGGCCUGGCUGGGCGCCUUUGUGGUGGAGGGCACCUGGGCUGUUACACAUCCCACAAGAGACAGUAUUGGGCUUUGGACUCGGGUCAGGGGUGGAGGUGGAGGUCUCUGGUACGCAUGGGGGUCAAGGCCUCUGAGAACGGAGGCCAGGGCACUGCACCCCUCCCCAUCUCCAGGGCCCUGUGUUUGCAGCCUUAAUAUGAGCAUGAAUGAGUGUGUGUGUGCAACUUGGACUGUGUGGGCAUCUGAGCUGCUGGGAUGCACGUCUGUGUGUGUGUGUGUGUGUGUGUAUGUGUGCGCGUGUGCAUGCACUCAAACAGGCAGAUAUCCUGGCCCUUGAGUGUGUGCGGUGAGGGCUCGGGGUCAACCUCCACCUGCCGCCUGCCCACCUCCUUUUUCCUCUUCCCAUCCUCUCUGGUGUCUGGAAUUUAGGUUUUAUGGUUUUGACCUCCCUGCCCAACCUCCUCAGACUAGGCAGUUUAUGAAAAGGCAAGGAGGAGUGGGUGGGCAGGAAUGUAGGUUUUGUGGGGUGUCUUUUUCCUUUGUGUGUGUGUUUAUUUGACAAUUCUUUCCCCCCCCCCCCGCCCCCCCCCAGCCUUUCCCUCUCCUAUUUGUACGGUACAAGCAAUAAAUUUCAGA